UGCCGCCGCUGCCAGUUCCCCGGGAAGAGUUGCAAAACGUAUUCGCGCCGCUUGCAAGCCGCGUGCGCGCUUGGUGUUUCGCCCCAGAUAUCACUGCCAAGGGUUUCGCUGCGCCGAUCCCCAAGGACUGGUCGCUCUGCACCAGUCGGGCUUGAUCCUCCACGCCCCGCGGCUGUGCACCGUGUUCGCCAGCAAAGGCUUGGUCCGAGGACAACCGCACCGUCCUAUGCUACGGGGGCAACCUCGCCCUCACCAACGACUACGCUGGAGAAGCCAGGCCCAUUCUACGGGGACAACCCUCAGCAGAUCGAGAUGCCAGUAGUCCACCGAGCAAUGGAAAAUAACUACACCGACUCAUACAUUGCUGAGAAAUGGUUCGCCUGUGCCGCCGCUUCUUGGUUCCGGCCACGCUCUGGCUGGCGUGCCUGCUGUGCACGCUCCAGAUGCUGGCCGCCUUCGUCGGCCACGCGGAGGAGGCUUCCCUGAAGGGCGAGCCGUCCCAGACGCACCGCAGGCUGCGACCCCGGCACGUGGGGGGCGAGCCCGAGGUGCGCGGCCGCACCUACCAAAGGCACAGGGCCGAACCGCUGGACGCCCGACACCGCGAGCUGCACUCGGAAAGGCUUCGACUCAACAGGCUUUUCCGACCACACCUGGUGGCCCGCAGGCAGAUAUUCAGCGAUACUUCCUCCCAAGGCGGGGCCUCGCACUUCCUGGGGUAUGGAAACGAGGACGCUCAGCUCAACUUUAGCUGCGGCAGCUGCGCUCUUGUCGGUUACUCCGGUCACCUCCUUGGCUCUGGCCUCGGAGACUCGGUCGACGCCUCGGAGUGCGUUAUUCGCCUGGGCCGAUCACCCAGUCGAGGCUACGACCAGGACGUGGGAAGCAGGGCUACGUUCCGCCUAAUGCACGCUGACACACUCCUCGAACUACUGAAGGGACCCCAGCGAGAGAAGCGCCUGUCCAGCGGCCCGCUGACAUCCGAUCAGCUAGUGCUGUUCGGCACGCCAAAGAAGGCCACGCCUGCGUCACUACGAGCACGACUGGAGAGCACCGGUGGACCACGCUUGCUCAGCCUUCGCCGAAGCGCAGAGCAUGCUGCCGCGAAGAGCCUCGCCGAGCACGCAAGCACCCUAGGGUACCAACUUUCCGGAGCAAAGCCGUCAACCCUGUGGCACGCCAUCAAACUCACAGAGAUGAUAGGUUGCCAGUCCUUGAACAUGUUCGGAGUUCCUGAGCCCAAGAUAUGCAAGCGCCAUCGUAACGAGCCUUCGCGUUCCCGCUUCUGGGAGUACGCGUCCUCGCCUCAGUGCGUGGACGGUGUCGACGUGGGCCACAACGACAACCCGCUGAACCCUGAUCCCAGCCACCUAAGCCUGGUCGACCGCAGGGCGUUGGCGGGAUGGCUGCAGUCCGCGCAAAAGCCUGCCAUCCAAUUCUUCGCGCCCACGUGGAGUCCCUCCCAACCUGCGUCUGUUGCUGCCGCUGCCACAUGACAUAGCCAGAGGAACAUUGCUAAUAUGCACAUAAGUUUAGCGCAUCAGCUGCCGCGAUAGUUCGCAGCAGGACACGCUGUGUUUGCCCAGGGGACGCCAUUGUGCAACUUGUGGUAACCUCGCAGUGCGUGUCGGAUGUGACGCUGUCCGAUCAAAUUAAAAAAGGGUUCCGACUAGUGCUGGAGGAAAGAAGGCAGCCUGCACCGCAAGGCCGACACCGUCACGUCUUCGUUUUGUGAGACCGCCAUCCUGUGCUGCUUCGUAAGGAAAAUACGACGCUUCAUCGCGCUGCAGUUUUCCGGGAAUUAGUCUUGUCGACAAAGAAAGCAUAGACAGGACUCGUGUUACUGAAAGGCAUGUGUACGUGCAAAAUGUAGAUUCAUGGAACGAUACGCACAAUGCCAAACGUCAACUGCGAAUUCCUACGAACUGGCUGAAAUUUGAGUUGCUCAUGUACAGCAGCUUUCGUCAAAGUAAAGGACUUUUCUUAUU